UUUACCCCUCGACGUUCUCAGAGUGCCUCAAGACCAUAUAUUCCGGUCAAGUCCAGCGGAGCCACAAUCCACUGUUCACUCGCAGGCAGAAGGUCGAUCCAGAUCCAUAGCUGCAUCCAUCAUGAAGCUCUUUGUGGUCGUGGUCCUCGCAGUCUUUGCUGCAGGUUGCAAUGCCGAAUUCACGAUGGAGCCCCAGCAGCAGCUGGACAUGGCGAAGGAUUUAUUCUGGGACUAUGUUGCCAAGAUGACCCGCACCGCAGAAGACUCUGUGGAGCAGAUCAAACAGUCUCAGCUGGGACAUGAGUUCAACAAACUCAUCUCUGAGAGCACCGACGUCGUGAACAAGCUCACCGUGACCCUCCAGUCCCAGGUGGCGCCCAUGAGCCAGGAGCUCCUCGCCAAGGUGUCCCGGGAGGCGGAGCAGCUGAAGGGGCGCGUGGAGAGCGACCUGAGCCUCCUGAGCGCCCACCUCCAGCCCUACGCCGACGAGCUGAAGGAAGACCUGGAGAGGCAGAUGUCCGAGGUGACGGAGAUGACCAAGGGGGUGAUGCCGUACGCCCGGGCCAUGGACGCCGACGCCCUGAGGUCCGACGUGCAGCAGAAGAGCCGGGAGCUGAAGGAGAGGCUGGACCAGAGCAUCCUGCGCAUCCAGGAGCAGAUGGGGCCCCUGACCGACGAGCUGAGGCAGAAGAUGGACCAGAGCGUGCUGGAGUUCCAGAGGAACAUGGAGCCCAUCACCCAGGACUUCCAGAGGCGGCUGGCCCAGAGGACGGAGGAGAUCCAGAGGAGCCUGACGCCCUACGGGGAUGACCUGAAGAAGACCAUGGAGGUCAACUCCCAGAAACUCCAGGAGCAGCUGGACCUCCUGUGGCAGACCGUCAGCGAGAUGACCAAGUGAACCCGACCGACGCAGCCUCUCGGAUCCCCCCCG